AUGAUCCUGAAUACCUUUCUUAUCUCAUCGCUCGUAGCCACUGGCCUCGCUUUAUACAUCCCAGAGCACACCACAAGCAAUGAAUGCAAUUGCGACGGAGAGCUUGUUCACAGAAACGACACGCAGAGACAUCUCUACAUUUGCGGCGAUGAACGUCUUGGGCCCACAGACCUCCCCAAGAAUCUUCCUCUGAGUACAUAUGUCGCUAGCUAUGACCGCUUCGGAGGCUUAACUCCCAACGAAUUUCUUGAGAAGUGGUGGAAUGACACAAUACGUGCCGAUGGCAAGAAGCCAGUUGGCUGGAUUUAUCCGUCAAAGAACGGCUUUGAGUUGGAUGAUGACGAGCGGCCCAUACGGGCAAACGUGAAUCUUGUGAAAGGGACGCUGGUUGACAGGUUUGGGGAACCAACAGGACGUUUCCUCUCUCCUGCGACAGCCCCCUUCUCACAACGGGCUCUCCACCCUGCCAACCUCAUCACCGGGAAGAACCAAGAAUUCCCCAGCAAUUACCACUUGUACAAGGUGACCAAAUCAUUCACUGUUCAAACGGGGCCUAUCAGGCCAUGGUUUGGUCAGCCAGGUUACGGGGUACAGUUCUUCCUUGGUGAGGGCAUUACGGUGAAUGACUACCUGAGCAACGGUAGCUUGGAGCCGCUGAACGCGUCGGCCUUGAUCCGGGAGGCAAAACACUGCGCACUGAGCGGAGGAGAUACUAGCUUAGACUCGAAAGAGCUAUAG